AUGAAACUCUACAAUACACUCUCCGGCAGUAAAGAGGAGUUCACUACUCCCGAUGGCAAAGUCCGGAUGUAUGUGUGCGGCAUUACCCCCUACGCACCCUCCCACAUUGGACACGCUAUGAUGUCGGUCGUUUUUGAUGUCGUGAGGCGUUACCUUGAAUACAAGGGGCUCGCUGUCACACACAUUCAAAACUUUACCGAUGUUGACGACAAGAUAAUAACCGCAGCCAACGCCAGCGGCGUCUCGACUGAUGAACUUGCUGAGACCAACAUUCGGCAGUACCACGAAGAGAUGGACGCCUUAAACGUUCUGCGCGCUCACACCUAUCCCAGAGCCACGACCGAAAUUCCGGCGAUCGUAGGAAUGAUCCAGUCUCUUGAAAAGCAGGGUUACGCCUACUCUGUAGAUGGUGACGUGUAUUUCAGGGUAGGUCGCAGCGCCGACUACGGAAAGCUCAGCCGGAGGAGCGCGGAAGACCUUCUGGCAGGCGCGCGGCGUGGAAGUGGACGAGGCGAAGGAAGACCCUAG